ACUCUCACUCUCAUUCUCAUUCUCAUUCUAUCACCACAACUAGAAACAAAACAAAUCAACAAUCAACAAUGGAUGAAUUCAGAGGUAAUCAUAUACCACCAUUUGGCAGCUGGGAUUGCAACAAUCAUCUUCCAUUCACUGAAUGCUUCGAGUCGGCUAGACAACCCGGCUUCAUCGGCUACGGGUACGGCUACGUCGCCGGAGAUCUCUACAACAACAAUGUUGUAACUCCGGCGAUGAUCGUGGUUCCUCGCCGGAGAGUUGACCGGAGAAAAGGCCCGGUGAGGGGGUCCAAGAAAGUGGUUUGUGAAUAUGAUUAUGAGUUUAUGUAUGGUGGGAAUGAAGAUCCGGUGCCGGAAGUUGUUAAAAAGAAGAAAGCGGUUGAUGAAGAUUUGUAUAAGAUCUCGCCGGAGCUCCUCCGUGCACCGCCGACAAGGAAGAGCAAAAGGUGGGGGUUGUUUUCAAUGUGCAUGCAACCAGGGUGUGUUAUGUGAGUGAGGUCUUUGAAGAACUAAGGUUACAUAAAGAGUAGGGUUUAUGGUUAUAUAUACACCAGUAUAUGUAAAAAUUGGUGAAAUGGCCCAUAAAGAUGAAGUUGCAAAUGAGGAAGAUGUAUGAAGUGAAGAUUAGGACUCUUUUAUGGUUUGUUGUAUUUGGUGUAAUCCACUUUUGUAUUUCACUUGAUAUGAUUUCAAGAAUUGAGUGUUGGGCCAUUUUUAUCUUUUAACUAUUUUGAAUGAUUGAAUGUGACUUGAAUAGUUGAA